GAAGUCGUACGGCGGCGGUGGUGGGUGGCGGACCAGGUGUGCUGCCAGAGGUGCCGACUGCGGUCGGCCGCGGAGCCGAGACCAUGCAGUGAGUGCGCGCAGUCCGGCCGGCCAUCUCUCCGCGUGGACCGAUCAGGAGCACGGCCAGACCCGCGUCUGGUGAGCCGCGGCAGCGAUGGCGGCCGCGCUGGCCGGCGAGCAGCUACAGCCGGACGACCUCAGCGUGCGGCCCGGUCGGCGGGCCGACUCGGCCUCCCCUCCGCCGGCGCCACCGACCCCGUUCUCGCAGCUGAGUCGGCUCCUGCAGGCCGGCGCAGCGCCCGAGCCGCCCGCCCCGGCCGCGCCGCUGCGCUGCCACACCGAACACUGCACCUUCGAGACGUUCAGUCGGGCCGCGCUCGAGGCGCACGCGCGCGGCCACGACAGCCGCCGGCUCUAUGAGUGCGACGUGUGCCAGCUGCGCUUCACCAACGGCGCCAAUCUCCGCCGGCACCGGAUGAGACACACCGGCUUCAAACCAUACGAGUGCCGCGCUUGUAGCAAGCGCUUCUUCCGUCGCGACCACUUGCUCGAACAUAUGAGCACGCACGCUAAGGCGGCCGGCCGCCGCCUGCCCUGGCAGUGUCCCGUCUGCGCCAAAGGCUUCCAGAGGCAGAUCGCAAUGCGCGCUCAUUACCAGAACGAGCACGUGCGGGAGGCGGCCGCCGGCGUGCAGUGCCGGCUGUGCGGGUACGCCGCUGCCUCAGCGCACGCUCUGCACGCCCACCUGGCCGCACAGCACGGUCUGCAGGUGGGCGCGGCGCCUACACCCGCUCCGGCACCGGCGCACCUCCUUCUGGCGCCGCUCGAGCUGCGGGCCGAGCCAGAGUCACCGCCCGGGUCACCCCGUCCUUCCCAGGUGUCACCAAACAGCUCGACACAGGCGUCUCCGGGCAGUCCUGCCGAUCCGGGCCCGAUGCCGGGCCCCGCGCCGGCUGUUGUCAAGACGGAGCCGCGGGAGCCACCGGUGUCUGCAGAGGAGCAUCAGGACCAACAGGAAGAUAGAGAGGAGGAGGAAGAGGAGGGAGAGGACGAGGAGCAGCGGGAGAACGGGCCGGCCGCGGGCGCUCCUCUGUUGGUGCGCAGAGCACCCGGACUGCAGUCCACAAACGUGGGCGCCGGACCUCCAUCGGAGCCUGCCGGGGGAGGCGGCGGCUCGGACCGGGCGCCGGCGCCCUCCCAGCUGCGCUCACUGCUGCAGGAGCGGCGGCCGACCGUGGGCCGCGCCAGCCCUGCCGCCCUGCUCGCCGGCCGGCGCACCACCCACCUCUGCACCUUCUGCGGCAUCCUGUUCCCCGACCAGACCCUCUACUUCAUGCACAAGGGCUGCCACGCCGAGAACAACCCGUGGAAGUGCAACAUCUGCUCGGAGGUGUGCCACAAUGUGUACGAGUUCAAUUCGCAUCUUCUGAGUCAGUCGCACCAGUGAUAUGACGGUGACCGAACUGAUGUGACAAGACACAACUGACGUUCAGUGACGUGACUGAUAUGGACUGAUUGUGACUGCCGACUGUGCGGCGCUCUAAUUGGACUGAGUGCGCUCAUGAGCGAGUGUUGAACUCGGGCGCCGGUCGUGGACCGGCCGGUUUCCCGGCGUCGGGCCCGGCCGGCGCCGCCGCCGGUAGAGUGGCCGUUUUUCCGGGCGUCUCGGGCGCGGCCGGCCACCUCCGGUUGGUCUCGUUUUCAAUGAGGUCAGCGCCGCCUCUGUGGGUCAGCGGGCCACGGGCGGCGCCGGCGGCCGGCGGCCGACUCGGAGCGACGCGCCGCUGUCACCCGGCGCCGGGGCAUCGGCCGGGAAAGUGGCAAAAUGACGUAAUACGGUACAAGGUGAUAGCCGCUUCACCCAUUUUGUACAAUCACUCAUUGAUAAUAGGUGUGAAUGCGUUGUGCCUUAUUGUGGAUCAAGCCAUUGAGUGGCUUGUUAUUGCACUCAUUAUUUAUUUUAAAUGACAACUCAUGUGUGGUAGGAUGAUCGCGAAAAAUGACAAUAAUAUGAAAAUUGUGAUCGAUAAGUGACGAAGACAUGUGCAUUGUUCAAUUGUCAUAAGCUAGUAGAAACGGUGGCGCGAAAGGGGCCACGAAUCCACCGACUACCGAGGUAUAACACUUCUCAUGGGUAUCUGUUUCAUGCUUUCUUUAGCCAAGUAGCGGCGUAGAAUAGUCUUCCCCGUCAUUUUGUAUCUUCUUAUUGUUGUUAUUGUUGUUUGUUUGAGAGAUGGCACUGCUUGUUUGAUUUGACGCCGUUGUGAAUUCUGCGUUCCAAGGCCGAAACAGGGCUGCCCAAUGCUGCGCUCGAUGCGAGCGUUGGCGCGCAGAAAGACGAUUUGAAAAUAUGCGUCGGGUGAGAGCAGCUACUGAGAGGCUGGGAGUUCACCCCACCGAACCACCGUCCUAAUUGUGAUAUUGUCUGUCCGGCUUCGAUAGACAGUGCCGUGAAGCUAAACGACCACCAGACUGCCCCCUACUGCCAGACUGGCCUCCGACUACUGCCAGACUAGCUCCAGACGACUACCGACAGACUGACCCAGACUACAACCAGAAGCCGCAUCCGCCCCACUCCGACCUACAUGGACAGAGCAAACGGUCGCACAAAGCCACAUCACUCGCCUAUUAUCUCCCAAGUACCCUAGCAAACACCAUUCAAGCCCAUUUCCCCUGAUGAUCCACUAAGAGUCCUCAGUAAGCUCGGCGAGCCAGGUCAACGACGCUGGACUGGCCAGACCGGUUUAUUAACUCCAAACAACGUUACUAUGGUUUGCUCUCGGGAGAUUAUCCCUCCCCUCUCCCAUCAGACGGACCGAACAAAUCGCCUUCACGCCUACCAGGCUGUUCAUCAUCAAACAAGUGUUCAUUCACUAUACGAGCGAACCGACAAGCGUUACAGACCUCCAUCUUACCGUUUCACAGAAUCCCAUCAUAUACAUAUGUAGAUAGGAGACAUAUCUAUCCCGACUCAUCAAUAAGAUUCCCGACCCAUCAGACAGACUACAUCAUCCCACUCCAUCAGACUCCCCCGUCCCAUUAGACAGACUCCACCAUUCCAUCAGACUCCACCAUCCCAUCAGACUCACACAUCCCACAAGACAGACUCCCCGUCCCACAAGACAGACCCCCCGUCCCACUAGACACUAGACAGGCCCAUGCCCCUCCCUCCCACCGAGAUAUACAUCACCACAUGACCUGCCGCCAAACGCGCACCAAUCGCGCCGUUACGCCGAUGCGUUGUUGAUUUGUCACGUUGUUACGAUAUGGUUGUUACGAUGUGGUUGUUACGAUGUGGUUCUAGAACUGUUGAUCUGUAGUGUUCUCGAAGGCCGUGAAAUCAAUACACUGCCUCCUUCGGAUGGAU